AAUUUUUUCUUUGACGUCGUGUGGAUUACGUACAGGUCCAAAAUCACAGUAUUCUACUGCGAGUUACGCCGAUUUAAUCUCUCUCUCUCUCUCCUUCUUCUACUGGUGUUUGGUGUGCGCGAGUGCAGUUUUUCUCCGUCCUAGGGUUUGGAUUUUUCUGUUUGGGAGAGGGGGCGGGAGAGAGGUUGUGAUCAUGGCGUCGAUUUCAUCGCUGGAUCCCGGACCAAAGGCGGAGGUUGGAUGCAGCGGCGGCGGUGGAGGAGAGAGCUCGGAGACGGUGGGGGCGAACGACGAGAUGAUGCUGUACAGAGGUUUUAAGAAGGCGAAGAAGGAGAGAGGAUGCACCGCCAAAGAGCGUAUCAGUAAGAUGCCUCCUUGUACCGCCGGCAAACGCAGCUCCAUAUACCGAGGAGUCACCAGACAUAGGUGGACGGGCCGUUAUGAGGCACACCUCUGGGACAAAAGUACAUGGAACCAAAACCAGAACAAGAAGGGAAAACAAGUUUAUCUAGGAGCAUAUGAUGAGGAAGAGGCUGCUGCCAGAGCUUACGACCUCGCCGCCUUAAAGUAUUGGGGGGCCGCCACACUUAUAAAUUUUCCGGUGAGUGAUUAUACGAGGGAUCUUGAAGAAAUGCAGAAUGUCUCGCGAGAAGAAUACCUCGCAUCUCUCCGUAGAAAAAGCAGUGUUUUUUCAAGGGGAACAGCAAAACAUCGCGGGAUUCCAAGCCGGUGGGAUGCAUCAGCCAGCCGUAUGCAUCGGCCCGAAUACUUCAGUAACGUUCAUUAUGGAGUAGACGAUGAACGGGUGACGGAAGGUGACUUUCCAGGUAGCUUUUGUCUGGAAAGAAAGAUCGAUAUGACGGGAUACAUCAAGUGGUGGGGGGUCAAGAAAACCCGUCAAACGGAAGAUACAAAGCUCGAAGACAUCGGUCGCGAGCUUAAGACACUAGAACCGGCGUCUCUGACAACUGAACCCUACAAGGAGCCGAGCUUGGGCGUCCCAUGCGAGAAGAGGAAAGAGAGAGCAUCAUCAUCAUCAUCAACAUCACCAUCAUCGUCAUCAGCCCUGAGCAUAUUGUCCCAGUCGCCGGCCUACAAGAAUCUGCAGGAGAAGAUUAAAGAAAACGAUGAGAACACAGACCAGAAGAAUAUCGUGCAAAGGGAUAAGAGUUAUGGAAAGGCGAUGGAGAAGAAACCAGUAGUCAGCCAUGGAAGCUCUGGGCUGUGCCCUAUUACCUCUAUCCUCUCUGCUCCAUUGCUCACAAACUGCAGCCCGUUGGAUCCACUUGCAGACGCUGCUGUUACAUGGACACCUUUCGUUCCUUCUCUCCUUCCGAGAGGAUCCUCUCAUACUUCAGAGGUUCGUGUUUACUUGUCUCUUACUUGCUCAGUAAUCCAUUUUAUUGUUUUCCUUUUCUUUUGUUUUUAUAGUAUAGGAAUUCAUACUCACUAUCCUUCAAGUUUUUAUAUGGUAGAAUCCGAAAUUUUGAGUACCCACCCGACUUAUGAAUAGGAUAUCCGA